CAGGAGGGACGAUCCGCUGACGCUAUCAACACAACAACAGCCACUCGUCCCUAAAUCAACAACAACAACACGGUGCCCAGACCUCUGCAAUAAGAUCACACGGUGCCCAGACCUUUGCAACGACAAGAUCAUAAGAUGCCAAGACCCUAAAAUAAGAUCACACGGUGCUCCAAACCCUAAAACAAGAUCACACGGUGGCCAAACCCUAGAGCAAGAUCACACGGUGCCUUCUCUAGUUUCGUCGUCGCAUUUCAGUCAACUAUCAGCAACUACAAGAAGAUCUUUCAGCUGGUUCCCAUAUCAUAAAGGAAAUCAGCGUUGAGCUGGAGCCUCGAGUCUUGCCUAAUGGGUGGCCCUGCACCAUCCCGUGCAGUCAUCGGCACGAGAACCUUAUCACAAACCAACUAUCAUUCACAAGAAAAAGAACCUCCAAGUGAUAACACCCAAACCUUACCCAGCUGCACAGUGAUAUGCAAUAAUACAACUGUAGUAACGCAGUCGCACAGUGACGUGCAACAAUACAACUGCAGUAACCCAGCCACAUAGUAAUGUGCAGUAAUACAACUGCAGCCAUCCAGCUACAUAAUACGGUGAAAUAAUACAACUGCAGUCACCAGACGAGCAACAGGCUUCAAACUACACAAGUGUGCAUCUUAAAGAAGAAAAUAUAACCAAACAAUUUUAACUUAUAAAAUGCACGAAACCUGAAAAAAGUUACAAAGCACAAUUACAUAAAUAUUUAAAUGCAUCCUAAGCCACUACUGGACUUGUGUAUCGAUUUCCUUGUUAAUUCAACAAGAGCUUACCAACAGCAAUGUCACAGUUAUGAGGCCAUCUGGAAGGAUGUGGGUGAGCUGUGGGCAGAUCUUUGGUACCUGCCACCACGUGUUCCAGAUCGUGCCACGCACCUCUUGCACACACAUCUAAUACAUGAUUGCCUUGAAGCAAAAAAUCAUGGCGUUCACGAUGUGACUCGCUCACUCCUGAUUAUGUUAGCUGUUAAAACUCACAAAAUUGCCUUCGUGCAGGUAGAUCGGCAGUUAGCAAUCCUGAACUCCUCAGCCUUUUUUUCAGUAGAUGUUUUUAUUGGUGAAAACCUUUUACAAGAGCUGGAUGUAACAGGAAUUGAUCUGAUGGAAGAUAUGAGUGUACUGUUGGCACUGUUGCCAUUGUGCCCCAAGCUCACUAUUGUCAAGUUGGGGGGCAACACGACACCAGAGGUACUGCGUGCAGCCAUGAACUGUCCUAUUACAAUUCUUCACAUAAGUGAACGACUUGCUUGGGAACCUCGAGUCACAGAAGCAGUCUUAAUGGAUAUCAUGAUUGGCGCUGGCAAUCAGAGCUCAAUAAGGCUACUGGAAAGUGUUCGAGAAGGAAAGCCAAUAACUGGAGGUCUAUCGUGGCCUCAGCUUUCUGACUUCUCUACUGGAUAUUGUCAUGUGCAAGUUAAUUUCCUGUUGCUAAUUCUGGUGGUUUUUACAAAAUUGCAAUGUUUAGCAAGUAACUUGGUUAGUCUGCACACUGUUCUCCAUGCAUUUAAUAACUUAAGAAAAGAAAUAUCAAGUAUCCACACUCUCUCUCUAAAAACCAGCACUAUGCAGUCUGGUGAAGGUUUUAUAGACAUUUUGUCAUGUGUUGCACCUGAGCUUGAAGAACUGAAGAUUCUUGCCAUCAAAAAUUGUGCAAAUAUUACUAAUUAAGUUCUGAAGCUUCCUGACAGUUUCCCAUCUUUGAGAGUACUUCAUAUGGACUUACAGUUUUUACACCCAAACGAAAUUCCUACUCAGGCUUUUGCUGGAAUUGGACAGCAGUUAACAGUGCUAAAGCUUUAUAUUGAUAACUGCUAUAAAGUACGUCAAGGAGAUAUUUCUUCAUUGUUGCAAUUAUGUCCACUUCUUAAUGAUUUAACCUUGGCCUUCAAAAGUGGAAUGCAAUGUGAUCACAGUAUUAUUCUCCAACAAAUUAAAUGUUUUGAAAAUAUAACUUCUCUCAAAUAUUCAACAUCCGAUAAGAAAGUUGAACCUGUAAAGUGUCUCUUGAACAUGUUUCCUAAACUGCAGACACUUGUAAUUGAUGGUAAGAUACAGAGUUUUGACAUGUUAGUGGAACCUCUAACACAGUUGCAAGAGUUGAGAACCUUGAAGUUACUAAGACAUACAUACUUGCCUGUGGAGGGUUUGUGUGAGCUGCCCAGGAAGACCAGUGAUGGCAGGUCGUGGGCGCUUCACGCCUCUCCCUCUUUUAUCACUUCACCUGAUGUAACAAAACUCCAAAACUGCGGAUGGACAUUCGUACCUCAAAAAUCUUGACUACAAUUGUCAUUGUAGUUCCAGUGAAAACUCAAUGAAAAGAUGUUUGGUACCUCUGGGCAGCCAAAACAGAAUUUAACCAUUUAGAGAGAGCUCUAAACUUGUCUUCCAUGAAAUAGAUAUUUUAUCAUUGAUUGCAAAUGAUAAAAUAUCAGAAAUUCUUGCACUGCAUGUAUCCAUAUUUUGCAUCUACAGUGAUGGAUAAAAUACAAUAUAUGUGAUGAAAGUUAUCAAAAGAAUAUGCCAAAUAAAUAUGUGAUGAAAAUAUAAGCUGUGAAGAUUAAAAUUAUAAUCAGCAACUGUUCUGUUACCUAGUAAUAAUAAAUUGCAAAAAUCA